AUGUGCUCUGCUUUCUUAUGGAGUGGAUCUCCAAAUAUUACAUCUAGGGCGAAGAUCGCAUGGGAGGAGGUGUGUUGUCCUCGGGAGGAAGGAUGUCUUCGCAUUAGGAGAGUGAAAGAUGUUAGCACAAUGUUCAUGCUAAAGCUCAUCUGGCGUUUGUUCUCAAACACUGCUUCGCUUUGGGUUUCUUGGGUCAGACGUUAUUUACUUCGAGAUGCAGUACUAUGGGAUGUUAAGGACACAUGGCUGGGCUCAUGGGCUUGGCGCAAGCUCCUGAGAAUUCGCAAUAUAGCAAAGUCUUUCGUACGUUGGGAUAUUGGAGAUGGUAACACGGUGAGGUUUUGGACUGAUUUGUGGCAUCCAAGUGGAAGGCUUAUUGAUAUUGCUGGGGAAUCUGGUACUCAAAAGAUGGGCAUUGGUCGUGAUAGGAGGAUCUCAGACCUUCUUGCCGGUGGAGCAUGGAGGUUCAGAAGAUGUCGGGAUCAACAUCUUCAAAGUAUGAUCCAUGAUGUUAUCGGAUUUCCCAUUACUCUAUCCAGCGGGCAUGACACUGUACUUUGGAAGCGUGGCGAUGAUGAGUUUGGUAAUAAGUUCAGUGCGUCUGAAACUUGGCACCAAAUAAGAAGUUCGAGAAGCAGAGUUCAUUGGAGCAAGAUAGUAUGGUUCUCAGAAGGAGUUCUGAGAUAUGCCUUCAUCACUUGGCUUGCCAUUCGUGAUAGACUGUUGACAGGCCACCGUACAAGCCAAUGGGGUCAACCGCAAAGAUGUCUUUACUGUGGUGAGCCAGAUGAGACGAGAGACCAUCUCUUCUUUGCUCACCACAAGAAAACACUCCUAAUUCCGACGGAUCUUCCGACGGACACCAAGGUUGUUGGUAAUCUGUUUUGUAUUGACCCCGACCCGGACUGGGACACCACGGUUGAGCGUCUGCAGAAUGGAACGUAUGACCGGCUCACGUUCAUUCUCCUGAGGCUUGUGUUUCAGGAUUCCGUUUACUUCAUCUGGAUAGAGCGAAAUGAUAGGAAGCACAGUAACCGAGCAAAGUCUGUGGAGCAACUAGCAAAGUUGAUUGAUAAGGUUGUCUGGAACAGGUUAUCAUCUACCCAUUAUUUCCUCAAGCCGAAGCUGAAAGGAAUUAUGUGCAGAUGGUUUGAAGCUCAUUCCCACCACGAGUGA